AUGACAUUGUCACGCCCAAAGAAGAGGUUCGCGCCCUGCACACCAGCGGUGGGCGCAGGUUCUGGUGCGGCUUCAGCUGCUGGUGCAGCCUCUGCGGGUGGCGCAGCAUCUGCUGGCGGCGCUGGAGCUGCUUCUGGGGCUGGCGCAGCUUCUGCAGCGGGAGUUGCCUCUGCAGCGGGUGCUACUUCUGCAGCAGGUGCUGCCUCUGCAGCGGGAGCUGUCUCUGCAGCAGGUGCAGCUUCCGCGGGUUGUGCACCCUCAGCAGGUGGUGCCGCAGCCGCUUCGGCAGUUGGUGCAGGAGCGGCAGCAUCUGCUGGUGCACCUUCAGCUGGUGGUGGUGCAGCUGCUGCUGGCGCUGCACCUUCUGCAGGUGCAGCUGGUGCACUUUCCGCAGAAGGUGCACCACCUUCUGGUGCUGCUGGAGCACCUUCCGCUGGUGCAGCACCCUCAGCUGGAGGAGCAGCUUCGCCCUCGGUUGGUUCUGCGCCUGGUGGUGGUGGUUCGUAAUUCUUAACGAAUGGCACUUCAGCACCUUCUGGUGGUAAAUCGAUGGAGUACUCAAACGGUGGUGGUGGUGGCGGUGGUGGUGUUGGUUCUUUAACUGGUUCAGCUUCUGCUGGUGCACCCUCAGCUGGAGGCGCACCAGAAGCUCUUCUUGCUGCACCCUCUUCACCUUCGGGUGCGUUGGCUCCUGCUUCCGCUGCCGCCGCUUCUGCAGCCGCUGCUGCUUCUGCCUCAGCUUUGGCAGCUUCGGCCGCGGCAAUUUCCUCGGGUGUCGGC